UCUAUGAUUCUAUAAUUCUAUGAUUCUAUGAUUCUAUGAUUCUAUGAUUCUAUGAUUCUAUGAGUGUUGCAGCUUCUUCCUGAAAACAACACUUCAAACAGUCCCAGAAGAGUGAUCAGGAUAGCAUCACUUGCCUGGUCUGGGCCCAUGCAGUACAUAAACUGAGUCUUCUGCCUGCACUGCUGCAUUCCUGCCUUAGAAAUCCUGGGGCCUUUAAUCCCAGGGAUCAGAAGAAGCCUUCAUUGGGGAACGAGCAUGGAACAAACCUGGAAAUGAAAAGGCAGCAAUGCAGGAAAUAAAAACACAGCCCAUAUCAUUAGGUGUGCUGGUUUGCAUUCAAGAUGAGCUUGCUGGGAAAUUGUUACCUCUGCAAAGACUGCCCCUGGUCCUGUGGCAGUGAAGGGCAGGUAUAAAAGGCAGCCCAAGUCUCUGCUCUCUCAUCCACUUCUCUUGCUUCCUUCAGCUUGGGAACCAGGUGAGUCUGAAGCCCUUUCUCUUUCUCUUCCAAAGUGAGAUCUCCACAUGGUGGACAUCUCAAAUUGGCUUCCUCAUGUCUGGGGAUUGGAGCAUUUGGUCAUGAGAGGGGAAAGCGGGGAGGAGGCUGGCAUAGAGAGAGGCUGGUGACAGUGGUGCCUUUUGGUUUAUGAGCUGGGAGAGAACUUCCUGAGUCAGGCUGCUCUUUGCAGGGCUCCUGGCCCAGUCUCCAGCUUCCCACUCAUGAUGGUCUUGGCUCUUUUGUGAUGGGAUAACCCACCCAGCCUUGUGCUCUGUUUUCUCUCUGCUCUCUUUUCCAGGUGCACCUGUGGCCUCAAGUCAUGUCCUGCAACACCCAGUGCCGUCCCUGCCAGCCCUGUGGUCCCACCCCGCUGGCCAACAGCUGCAAUGAGUGCUGUGUCAGGCAGUGCCAGAGCUCCACCGUUGUGAUUGAGCCGCCUGCUGUGGUGGUGACCCUGCCCGGCCCCAUCCUCAGCUCCUUCCCACAGAACACCGUGGUGGGAUCGUCUACCUCGGCUGCUGUUGGCAACAUCCUCAGCUCUGACGGAGUGCCCAUCAACUCUGGGGGCUUUGACAUCUCCUGCAUCACCAGGCGCUAUGGUGGCAACAGAUGUCGUCCUUGCUAAAGAUGCUCGGAAAGCCCCAACAAGACAUCUUGAGGAACUCAUAACAUGGCAUUGGGCAGAGGAUCUAGGUUUUGGGUGCUGUUUGCAGGAUAGCUGACCGAACUUGCCUUUCUCUCCCUUUUCAUUUUUUGCAUUGGUUCCUAUGUGCUGCAAUGUUCCCCAAAGGCCAGCUUGGUAGGGACCAUUUGGUUUCUCCCCUUUGUGGGACAGGUAGACUGACAUUAUGCAGGAACUACUCCAGAGCCAAGGAGUGCAGACUCUCUGCUGCCCUUGGUGCUGCCUGUGCUGCUGGCCUCUGCUUUCAGUGGCUUUGUUUCCUUCUUUCAUUUCAUUAAAGUUCUGCUGCAUUCAAUUCUGUGUCUCUGUGGUUCUUCCUUUGGUUGCUCUUCUGAAUGCCAAAGCAGAAAGGUGUUGUUUAGUCAUGGAAGUCAGUGAGGGCAUAAGGAGACCCUUCUCCAUUCACAGAGGAAUGGAAUUUUGGGGCUUCAUGGAGGGGAAACUAUUAAGGGUAAAAUCUCUUGGAGCUCAGGAAGACAUCCUCUGGCUGCUCUGCUUCCAGACACCAUCAAGCCUCGUGUUGACGUGUCUUUGCCCACAAAUGCCUAGGAAGUUGGGAGACCUUGAAGCAAUAGUAGCCCCAUGAUCUCCUGAGGGUGUUCUUGUUAGUAUGAUCAGAGCUCCAGUGGGGUUGUUGGUGAGAGGGUCCUGGACAUAAUUUCCCCUGCAGAAUAACGGGAGUUGGAAUGCAGUGAACAACCUUUGCAUUUGACCAUGGUUUCUACUCCAUCUUCCUCUCCCCUUCAUGACUCAAAAAAAGUGAGGACAAAUACCCGUUGACCACUUUCUUUUCCCAAAUCCAUGGUCCUUUAGAUCAGAACAUGUUGAACCUGAGGUCUCAGCCUCUGCCUGGCACAGCACCAGGCUGAUGGACUGCACUGGCACAUUUGGCAUUGGCUUGAACAGGAGGCAGAGAUGCAUCUCACACCAGACAGCACUGACACUGCAGUGCAAGGAAACUCACUUGAGCAUAGCCUGGACGAAGCUGGCAGGACUUGUUAGCCUUUCUGCUGUCCAUAAAGUAAGCCUCAUCCUUUUGAAAUCCCUAGAUCUUGCGAGAGCUGUGUCCUGACCUGGAGAAGCAGGGAAUGAGGACUGCAAGCCAUGUUUAGACAUUCCUAAUAUUGUUUACAGUGAAUUAAACUAAGAAUCCAAACUGGUAUGAAAUCAUCGUAAUUUGGUCCAGGAAUCAUCAGCAGCAGAGUGUGAGCUUUGAAGCAGUAGGAGAAGGAGGAUUGAAGGUAGAGAAGACUGCAUUUCAGUGCCUGUGGUGAGGAUAAUUCUUUGCCAGGUUUGUUCUGUUAUUGCUCAGCUACACACAAGUUCCUUUAGACUCUGGGUGCUCUGUGGAGCUUAUUGGCAGAGCAGUGGAGCAUGUUAAUGCCAUAAGUAGAGCAAUCUCUCAUGAGGAGGGAUGGACAUACACACACUUAAGCAUGUCAGAAAGGAAUCAUGCACAAAUUUUUGCACCUAUGUACAUUCAGACAGUCCCAGCUGCACACAAGUGCACAUGAGACAAGAACAUGCAAAGUCACAGCCAGCACAGCUUCAUGAGAGGGAACACCUGCUUGUCAGAUCUGAUUUCCUUUUAUGACAAGGUAACUCACCUGUUUAUCAAGGGAAGGCAGUUGAUAUAAUCUUUUUG